AUGGAAGCCUACUUGGAAGCCAAUGAUCUUUGGGAAACAGUGGAAAAGGACUACGAAGUUCCACUUUUACUAGAGAAUCCAACAAUGGCACAGAUCAGAAAUCACAAAGAGAAGAAGCAGAAGAAAUCUAAGGGAAAAGCUUGCCUUUUUACAGCAGUUUCAUCAACUAUCUUUACUAGGAUUAUGACUCUCAAGUCAGCAAAGGCAAUUUGGGAUUUUCUCAAGAAAGAGUAUGAGGGAAAUGAGAAGAUCAAAGGGAUGCAAAUGCUGAACCUAAUCAGAGAGUUUGAGAUGCAAAGAAUGAAAGACUCAAAAACUAUGAAAAAGUAUUCUGAUAAGCUUCUUUGCACAGAAAAUAAGGCACAAGAGCAGAGAAGACUUAUGAGGCAAGAAGGAACCAUUGAAGGGGCUUUACAGGCCAAACUGCAAAUCAAGGGCAAGAAAAAGAAGGGGAAGAAAGGAAGUGCUGAUCAGCCUUGCAAUUCAAUCACACCUGGGGGAGCAAACAAAUCAAAUUAUCCUCCAUGCCAGCACUGUGGAAAAAAAUGUCAUUCUCCUUUUAAGUGUUGGAGGAGACCUGAUGUGAAGUGCCACAAGUUCCAGCAAUUAGGUCAUAUUGCUAAGAUCUGCAAGAACAAAAAUCAACAGCAGCAGGCAGGUGCACAAGUAGCAGAUCAACAAUAA